CUUGGCCCAAGUUAGUAGUUAAUAACGGUUGUUUGCGUACAGACGUGUUGCAGACAAAACGAAGAAAACGAAACGAUUCGAACCCUAAUGAAAAGUGUAAACAUCAUAAAAAAGAGGCAAUUAAAAAUACAAACGUGGAAAAACUUUUUUAGGAAAUUUCUCUUUUAUUUGCAUUUCGAUUUCGGGCGAGUUGCGUGCGUGUGUGAGCUUUUUUGUGGGCCUUAUUUUUGGGUUUCAGUUACCUGAAGAAGAAAACAACGAAAAUAUAAGAAGAAGAAAAUAUUGAAAUUAAUAAAAAAAAAUUAAAAUUCCUCAAUUAUGUGGCCUUUAAAGGAAAAUAAUCCAGUUUUAAACAAUGAAACUCAAAUUUUAGCCAAAUAAAAAGUUUUCCAAUUUUAUUCUAAGAAGAAGAAAAAAAAAAUAAAAAUUCGCAACGAAAAGAAAAAGUGAAAACGAAACGAAAAAAAGUAGAAAAAACAACAACGAAGCAUUGGAGUGCCUUCUUUUCGAGAAAAUCAAUAUGACGUCGAGGCGUCGUCAUCAUACCAUCAUAAACAGUAAAACCAACAACAACAACAACAAGUACCUAGAAACCAUCCAACUGAUAGCUUUCAACUUCCUGCUACUCUUUCUACUGGCCACGUCCGUACCCACCUCCUCAGGCUAUGCACAAAAUAGUGAAUUAUACGAAUCAUCCGAGUUCCUGAGUGCCAAUAGUCAAUAUGACGCCGAUGACCCAGAUUUUAGGGCCGACAAUCAGUUGCACUUCGUGCCGCCACCCUUGCCCACAACUUCAACGCCCAGGCGGCAGCAGGAGGCCGUGGAGGAAAAUGUAUUGUCUUUCUCCUAUGAUGACAGUGUGCCACCGUUGAUGUCAUCAAACCCAGCCACUGAUGUUGGAACCUCAUCAUCAUCAUCGACGACAACAACAACCACAUACACCGAGUUGAGUGGUGGCAGCAUAACAAGUGACCGCGUUCUACGUUCCAGUGAAAGUCCUUAUGCGGCACGCGAACACAUCAUCGUCGAGAAGGGUGCCAAACUAAUCAUCGAACCGGGAGUCCGCAUCGAAUUUGCCCCCACUGUGGGUAUUACAGUGCGUGGCAUUCUUCAUGCUGUGGGUACCCCUACGGCACGCAUUACAUUGACAGCCCAAGGUCAUAAUGUUGAGUUACCCGAUGUUGAGGAACGUGGCAUACGUUUAGUGGAUGGUCCAACACCACUUGAAGGCAGAUUGGAGAUCUUCCACAAGGGAGCAUGGCGUCCGGUGUGCACCAAUUCCAGAAAUUGGACCAUGACCGAUUAUGCGGUGGCCUGUCGUCAAAUGGGUUUCCAGGGAGGACGUUUUUGGAAUUGGGUUGAUCGUAGCCCGGGCUGGAAACCACGUCUACUCUACGAACUGCCCAAUUGUAAGGGAACAGAAAAUUCUCUACUCGACUGUGAUUGGUCGACGCGGCAGUUGGGUUCGGGAGUAUGUGAUUAUCACAGUGAUAUUGGCAUACAAUGCAAAGCUAUGCACAACCUACAGCUGAGCCACUGGGCAGGCUUGUAUUUUGAAAAUGCCCCGACCACAAAAACACUGGCCAAAGACAACACGGUGUACUACACCAAAUCCCAGUCGACACUGAAAUAUGUGGACAUCUUGAGAGCGGGAAAUGGUUUGAAGCAGGCAACCAAGGCGGCCAUAGAGUCGGUGGGAGUUCCUCCUCAAACACAACAUGUGGUGAUUACACAUUCCGCGUAUACGGGAUUUAAUGCCACCCGACCCUAUGGCGGAUUUGCAUUGCAGAAUGUGACAAUAAGGAAAAGUAAUGGCAUUGGAUUGUUUGUGAAUUCCAGCCAGGGCUAUGUCCAGCUAAGUGGUUGCAAUAUCCAGGAUAAUGCCGGGGAUGGUGUGAAAUAUGUGGGCCAUGAUUUGCGGGUGGAUGAGAGACCAGAUCGAUCUUCAAUUUAUGAUUUCUGUACCUUGCCCACCACAUCAGGGCAGACAUAUCCAUUGACCUUGUCUUUUACCCAGAAAUUUUAUGCCGGCUCUGCCAAGGAAUGUUCCAAGUAUUUCUUUUCCAAACCCGGUUAUGUCCUGACGGUGCAGUUUGAACAGUUUACUUUGAAGAAUAAUGAUACAGCCUCGGUGGAAAUAUACGAUGGUGCCUCGGCCAAUGACCGUUUGCUGUUUGUGUGGAGCGCCAGGAAUUAUUCCCGUCCUCAGAGUGUAACGAGUACCCGGGAGAAGUUGUUUGUGCGCAUCAAGGCAGCCAUGCGGGAGGAGAUUUUGGGUUUCAUACGCAUAACAACGGGCGAAACGAGUGCCUUUGAUUUGCGGGUCCUGGAUUCGGUGGUGCAGGAUAAUGGGGGUCGUGGUAUUGCUGUGGAUAGUCUGAGAUCCAGGGUCCAUUUACAUGGCAGCUCAAUUUCGGGGAAUGGCCAUGUGGCCGGUUUCCAUGUGACAAGUGGUGCGGGAGAUGUAAAUAUCACGGAGACCAAUAUCAGCUAUAAUCAUGGUUCCGGAGUGAACAUAACCUAUGUUGGUGGCAAUCGCAAUAUCUCAAGGAGUUAUGUGGAUUUCAAUAAAGGCUAUGGCAUUGCAGUGUGGCUAAAUGAAACCACGGACCCCAAUCGAGUGGAAUAUCUGGCCUUUAAUCAGACCACGGCGGUGGAAUAUAGUCACAUCAAUUCCAAUCUGGAUGUGGGAGUGUUACACGGGAAUUUCUGCCAGCCUCUGUGGGUGAAUCUGACGGGGAACUUUUUCAAUGGCAGUGCGGGUAAUGAUAUACGCCUGGAGAGCUGUUGGAAGUCACUGGAACCGAAGGAACCCAAUAUGUUUUUGCAAAUUGGCCAUAAUUCGUUUGAGAAUAGCCAGCAGAAUGCAAUAUAUCUCAGCCCUGCCCUCAACAUGAGGGGGCGUAUUGAGUUCAAUCAAUUCCGCUAUGGCAUGUAUGGUUGUAUUUAUAUACGAAAUGAUUUUAUAUAUCAGGAAUUCAAUUUUAUGCCGGUCCAUUUGGUGAUCCAGAGUAACUAUUUCAGUCGCAACAAGGGGGUCCAUGUUGUGUCCUUGGGUCUCUCGCCCUAUAGCCGCAGGGAGGUACAACAUUUGUUGUUCUCAAGGAAUUUUGUGCGGGAGAAUAAGAUAACGGAGUUCUUUGGCCCUCUAUUGGAUGGCAGUGAGGGUUCAGAUGGUGCGGGAAGGCUAAAUCCCCGCUCCCGAGUUGCUGCCGCCGUGGUGGUGAGCUCAAGUAAUGUGGAUAUUUUCCGGAAUAUUUUAAACAACUUGGAUUCGGCCUAUGAGAUUGGUUCCCAGCUAAGUGAUCAGAGCCAGAUUAUCAAUGCCACCUACAAUUGGUUGGGUUCCUCGGAGGAGGUAAAAAUAUUCUCGAGGCUCUUUCAUCGCAAUGAUCGCUACAAUUUGGCCAAGAUCCAGUAUAUCCCGUAUUUGCUGCAUAGCUCCAAUCCAGGCUCAUCAACGGUGAUAUAUACCUCAACCUUUGUGCCCAGGUUUUAUGUGGAAAAUUCCGAAUACAUUGGCGGGGAGGUGGAUGGCCAGGAAAUGAUACCACCAGGGACCUAUACGGUAAAUAAGGACAUAAAUAUACGGCCUGGCGGGAAAUUGAUUUUACAACCUGGAGUGACCCUGCAGUUUGAGCCCAGUGUGGGCAUGAUGGUGGCAGGGAAACUGGAGGCAAGAGGUCGCCGACCUGAUGAUAUUUUCCUCACCCUAAAACGCCAACCCAUUAUGGAUGUGGAUAGCUCCACCUUGAAUCAUGAUUUAAUUGAUAUGAUUGACAUGGAAACGGAAUCGAUUAUGAGUGGUGGCGGUGGAGGUGGUGUGGAUGAGAUACCCAAGGUCCCAGUAAGGCUCUUAGGUGGAGCUGGGCCCUAUGAGGGUCGUUUGCAGCUGUAUGUCAACGAUAGAUGGGGUACGGUGUGUGAUUAUGGCUGGACGGAGUUGAAUGCAGCCUUGGUAUGCCAUCAUCUGGGCUAUACCCUUAACCCCAAGGAUUGGCGUUUGCUGCGUUCCCAAAUGCCUGCUGCGGGCCUCACGGAAGAUGUAAUUGUCUCAAAUGUCCAGUGUACAGAACAUGAUCGCGAUAUCACGCGAUGUAAGGCGGAAUAUUUGUGGCAGGGAGAUUUUGAAAAUUCUUGUAGCCAUGAAAAUGAUGUGGGCAUACGCUGCUAUGAGGGAGCCUGGGCGGGCGUACGCUUCAGCAUGCUGGCGGAGCGAGCAGAUUUGCAGUAUGUCACCAUUGAAAAGGCGGGCUUGUUUGAUUAUACCACGAACAGCUUUAAGCCGGCCCUGCAAAUGGAUUUUGCCCGCCAUAACUUGGAUAAUGUGCGAAUUGUGGAUAAUCUCGAUGAUGGCCUGGGUGUUAUCUAUGCCGAUUUGUAUGGUGGCAAGGCCAUAAAUAAUAUAAGGAACUCAGAAUUCGUGGGCAAUCGUGGCAGUGGCAUUAGUCUGAAACAGCUGGACUUUAGGAUCCAGGGAUCCAUAAUUAAAAAUAACCUGGGCAGUGGCAUUUCCCAUGACCCGGUGAUUGCGGCCAAGGAUCAAUUUGAGCUGGGAGGAUGGUUUAAAAUGGCAGUGGAUUUCAAUUCCUUUGAAUCGAAUUAUGAGCCUUUUGUUUUGCCCCGAGAUGAGGGUAACAUAGAGCUCGGCACCUGGGAAAGUAAGUACGUGCGCACCGAGGAGGUGAGGGGAGGUGAAAAUGUGGAGAAAAAGUUUCACAUCCGCUGCCCCGCAGGUUAUGUUUUGGGUAUACAGCUAUUGAAUCCGAUAAAUAAUCUCUCCACCGAGAGUCUAAAGAUUUUGAAUUCCCAAUCGGAAAAUCCGAGGGCCCAGCUGUGGGAUGUACGCCGGGAUUUGAAUGUCUUUCCCACCACCAGUAGCGGUUAUGGCAUCAUAAUUUAUUAUGAGAGUGGAGAUAAUGCCUUGGGAGGGGCGGUUUUGAUGUUGACCACGGUUCAGGCCCCGGUACAGAAUAUACGUAAUCGCAUUGUGGGAGGUCCAGUGCCCUCGCUGCACAUCAGAUCCACCAAAAUACAAAAGAAUCUAAGAGGCAUAUCGGCCCUGUACUACAAUCGUUACUAUGGCAGCGAGGGAGAGCUGUAUAUGCGCAAGGCCAAUGAGUCCAUAAAGAUUGUCAACAGUGAGCUAAGCAACAAUGACCUGGAGGCCAUACUCAUCAACUCCCCCUAUUGGGAUGUGAUAAGCAGCAAUCUCUCGGAGAUCACGGUGCAUGUUAACAAUUCCAAGAUUCUGCAAAAUGGCUAUGGCAUAAGGCAGUUGUCCAAGGAUCUACGGUCCUCCAACAAUCUCUUCCAUUAUGUGGUGCAAGAUACCACCGUGGAGGAUAAUAAAAAUGGUGGCUUCCAGGUAUCCCUCCCCUAUGUUUGGCAAUACAAUGAGAAUUUCACGCAUAGCAUACAUUUUGGCAAUACCACCUGGCAAAGGAACCGCAAUUUCUAUAUCGAUGUGUCGGGACAUUAUGCCGACUUUAACAUAACCUCAAAUGCCUUUUUGAAUAAUCAGGCACCGAGGAGUCUCAUUUCGGUCAUGGGUAUGGAGAAACGCAUGAAAUUCAGCUACAAUCGCAUAGAACAAAAUCAGGCUAAAUUCAUAAUGGAAUUCAAGGCGGAUAGCUUAAGUGAGAAAUUUGGAGAGGUCCAUGCUUUGGUGGAAUAUAACACGAUAAAACAAAAUAACAACUAUGAGGUCCUACGGCAUUUGCCGGCCCUGCAACAUGCCCGUAAACAGGCCAGCAUAAAUUCUUUGAAUACAGCCGUCAUACGUCUGGAUGGCAUACAAAAUGUAAAGCUCUACAGGAAUCUCAUAGCCGAGAAUAGUUUGAGAUAUAAUCUGGUGGCGGGUUUGAGAUCGGCCCGAGUGGAUAACUAUGUCUAUGCCACGGAAAAUUGGUGGGGCUCAACGGAUAUUUCCCAGAUUGAGGGGAAGAUUUUCGAUUUUGACAACUGGAAUGAUCAUGCGGAUGUGAUUUAUCAACCUUUCCUGAUCGAGGAUACCAUGGAUGCCAGCAUAUCCCUGGUCAAGGAAAAUCGUGAUCUCAUUGAUUUGAAUCGCUGGCAGGGAGGGCGAAUUUACUCUGAUUUGGUACUUCGAAAACGUGAAUAUCCCUAUAUAAUACGCAACGAUAUCACGGUGAUGCCCGAGGCCACUCUGACCAUUCACCACGGAGUACAAAUGGAGUUUGAGCCGAAUGUGGGUAUGUUGGUCCUAGGCACCCUCAAUGCCAUUGGAUAUGAAGAGUCACCGAUAAUUAUGAAACCCUUCAAAAAUGCCACCCAUGAAUCCUAUUCCCUGAUUAACAAACGUGCCCUGGACAUGGAAAUGGAACAACUGCAGGCCUACGAUUCCAUACGUCUGUGUACGAAUUCCCAAAAUUGCAGCUCUGACAUGGAUAAAAUGUUCGAAAUCAAUCAGGGUUUCUUGGAAUACUUCAAUCACACCACGUUACAAUGGGUGCCGAUAUGUGAUAGUCGUUUCACCGAACGUAAUGCCCAGGUGGUGUGUCGAGAGCUCGGCUAUGACCCGCUCAAUGUGUACUACAGCCACGAUCGACGCAUUGAAUUCCACACAAAUUCGUUGACACGCAUUUGGACCUGGGUCCAGCCGCUGGAGUGUAGAGGUGAUGAAAUACGCAUGUCCGAUUGUGAGGAACGUCUCAACGGCCAGGUUUAUGGUCAUCGUCAUGAAUGCCAUUGGGAUGAUGUUUUUGUAUUCGUCAGCUGUGCCGGUGUACCCGAAGAUGAGGUCUACUGGGGUGGCAUUCGUUUCACCAACUCUGAGUUCGAACAGAAUCAAUAUGAGCAACGUUAUCAUGACAUCCACACCCAUGGACUGCAGAAGCAUCAACAAAGUCGCCUGGAAUUUGUGCGGAUAGAGAAUGCAGGAAUUCUGCACAAUCAGAAAUCAGCAGCCAUUCAAGCGAUCUACAAGACCCCGUCCAUUUCGGCGGUAACCAUCAAAAAUUCGGCCAAUCAUGGCCUUAACUUUGUGGUUCCCUCAGGGGCGCUAAACCUCAAUCUUUUAAACAUAUCCCAAGCCCUGGGUUCCGGCAUUAACAUACUCUCCCUAACCGGUGAGGGCCGUGAGAGUGAUGAAUCCAGUUUUACACCACUCAAAAAAUUGGACCUACCCUACAAACUCUUUUCCAUGAUUGACAUUUGUGAUCCCCAGAAAACCAUCACCGUGGAGGAACGAGUCCUGCUCUACUAUAAAUAUGACAAUAACCCAGUGAAUUGUGUGAAAAUGUUCACCUCAGCCUAUCGUGCCAAGCCAUUGGGAUUCCGUCUGUUACAAUCGAAUCUUUUCAAUCAUUCCAAACUUUAUGGGCGCAUGGAUUCGAUACGUCUCUAUGAUGGUGAUGUGUACAAUGUCACAUCGCUAUUUAUGGGUCAAAUCGAAUCGGAUACGAAUAAUCAGAAAUCAUUUUUCAAGACUGAAGGUCCCACCCUAAGUGUUCAUCUAAUGGCCAGUGGUGCUCCCGAAUAUCAUGGUUUCAUAGCCGAGGUGGUGACGGUGCCCAUUUCAACGAUUGGUAUAAAUCGCGAUGCCCUGCACAAUGUUACCUACUCUCACAUAAGCGGUGCCAUCAAGGGUGCUGUUGUAUACACCUCUGCGGGUGAAGUUACUCCAACCUUGACAUUGACCUCAAAUCGCAUAGAAAGGAAUUGUUUACAGUUAUAUGGCAAUUUUUCGACCUGUGAUGCUGCCCUGAAUGUUGAUGUCCAGAAUAUGAAUUCUUUCUUCUUUAUGAACAAUCUCCUGCUCAACAACCAAGGUGGCCUUAAACUGCGAGCCGACUCCCGUGGCUCUGCAACAUCACUGCGUGGCUUCAUACAUCACAAUCUAUUCUUGAAGAAUCGUAAUCGUCCCGCCCUCUUCGUUGAGGGUCGCCAGUCAUCGCCCUAUCAAGAAGUGGAGCUAUAUCGCAACUAUUUCGCUCAAAAUCAAGCCGGCUAUGAAGAUGUUAUACGCCUGCGACAAGUUGUAUCGAAUUUCAGCUACAACUAUGUUCACAGUAAUGUGGGAGGUCGCAUCGUUGAGGUGUCGGGCUUUGAGAAGGUACGCCUGCCAAUCUAUCAGAGUACGGCACAUAAUGGAUUUUAUAGAAACAUUGCCACCAAUUGGAUGGGACGUGCCACAAUUGUUGCCGGCACCGCUGGCCAGCAAUAUGUUGAUAAUAUCUUUGAGAAUCCCGACAAUGAUUAUGAGAUUAUCACCGUCAAUAGUUCGAUCUUGAGUAUUGACUACCGAAACAGCACCAUUGAAUUGUGGAAAUCGAAAAUUGAUGCCCGCCACAACUAUUGGAGUUACAACAAUACAUUAUCGGUACAGUCUCGGAUUAAGGAUAAAUCAGAUGACCCCAUGCUAUUGGAAGUCUUAGCGGUACCCUUCCAGAUGAACAAUCAAACGAUAUUAGAUGGCAAGUGUCCACCGGGAUGGUCACAGGUUUCCGAUACCUGUUUUAUGUAUGUCGGCGUGCCGAUGACCUUCCAUGAGGCCAAAGAAUUUUGUAGAUCGGAAAAUUCCUCAAUGCCGUUCAUAAGGACGGACAGUACAACGCUGUGGAUUUAUUUGCAGAGUCAAAUGAGGCAUCUGAAAUACCCCGAAAAGGUGUGGGUCCAGGAUUUCAAUUACAUUGAUCGUUGCACCAGUUUUGCCUACAUGGAAAUUACCGUGGAAGAGUGCAACAAGGAAUUGGGUUUCAUAUGUGAAGUGGAUCCGAAGGUGGUAAUUGAUCCCUUGUCCUGGCGCGCCGACAUCUUUGCCAUUAGUAUUAUUUCCGCCUUUGUCUUGGCCUUGAUUCUCUUGAUUUUGGUCGGCAUUUGCUGGUAUGCCAAGUCUAAACAUCGCCAUGCCCAAAGACUGCAGCGCCGCAACAGUAUACGCCAAAGUUUACGCAGUUUGAAUAGCAUUGAUCCGCAGGGCUCAUUGCGCCGGAGGAAUUUUAACAUGUCCAACUCAACGGGUACCCUGACAAAAAGUAUGGCCCAGGAUUAUAAAAUGAUGGGAAACGGGUCCUUCGAGUCAAUUGAUAAAAGUGUUUUGAGUUCUGAGGCCAGUUUUGAACCCUAUGAAAAUCAUCGUCCCAAUGGUGGGGAGAAAUCGGAAUAUAACACGCCACAAAAAUCCCAAAAUGAAUAUGUGACCAGUAUACGAACUCCCGGUAGUGCGGGGGGUUUAAUGGGUCCGCCCCGUGUUGCCACAAUUGGAUCGGCAUCAAGGGCUAGGGGUCGUGCUACAGCUGCUGCUUUGGCAGCUGCAGCCGCUCAACAAAAAACACCUCAAAACGACUUUGAGCUGUCCUAUCGCAAUGAAGGUUUCCGCGAUAACUCCACCUAUUCGGGGACGCGUAAUAAUUCGAUUAGUACCAGCAUUGCUGAAGAUACUCCAAUUAUACAUCAAACUGAUGCCGAAGAGACGGGUUCGGAUUAUUAUGGUAAUGCCAGUACAUUGCCACUGAGAUAUGAUCCCAAUGAGAAUUUGGCAUUCCUUUCGGAACUAAAACGUAACAUACCCGAGGAUCAGAGAUCCAGUCAAAUGUCCGAUAAACCACCCUCAACAUUUUUGCCGCCCACCGUGGCAGCCGUACAUCAGCACCGGCAACGACCUCCCAAAACUCCCUCACCACCAACGAAUCAGACUGUUUCGAGCAACAACUCAACGACGGGCAGUCUGACAUACGAACAAAAAAUCGACAACAUGAAUUUCAGUUCUUUAGCCGAAUUACGUAGCAAUAAUACUAGCCAAGUAAGUGCAACAGCAGCGCCAGCAGAUAUUAGAAGGCCCGACUCAUAUAUGGUGGCCGUGGGUGCCAAUAGAUUCUCAAGGCCAGCCUCAUCUAUUGGAGGUGGAGGCAUUGGUGGUGGUAGCUCCCCAAAAUAUGAUACACCCACACUAUCGAUGGCCUCUCAGCUGGCCAGUAGGAGACCCAAAACGGUCUAUGAGAAUAGUGAUAGCACAGCGGCCAGUUCAACGCUGCCGCACGGCCAUCAUCAAGAUGCCGUACCCGCGUAUCAUCGUUCGCGUUCAGAAGCUUUGCUAGAGACUGAUUUAGAUAUGGAUAAUAGUCCGCCAAUGGAUGCUAAUGGCCGUUGCCAUAGCCAGCCAUUGGAAACCUCAAUGUAAGAGAGGGUCCCCUGCCCAGUUUCUUCAUCCAAUAGCCAAAAUAUUUCAUAGAUUAGAUCCAAUGGAAUUCAAGGCGACUAUGGCAAUGAAUGA